AUGACUGACUUCAACCCUAAUAUGGUUGAUUUGGACACAGUUGAUCCAACAGCUGUUGUUUGCUAUCUUGAACUUGGUCAAAAUGAGUACAAUGGUCGAUUGGGCGCUCGUAUCUCUGCUCUCUUCGUUAUCUUGAUUGUCUCCUCAGCUGCUACCUUCUUCCCCGUUAUUGCUGCUAGAGUUACUUGGGUCAAGAUCAACAUCUAUGUCUACCUCUUCGCUCGUUACUUUGGUGCUGGUGUUAUCAUUGCUACAGCUUUCAUUCAUUUACUCGAUCCUGCCUAUGGUGAAAUUGGACCGAACACUUGUGUUGGAAUGACUGGUAGCUGGGCUGAUUACAGUUGGCCUCCAGCCAUUGUUUUGCUAUCUGUCAUGUCAAUCUUUAUGAUGGACUUCGCUGCCGAACAAUAUGUUGACCGAAAGUAUGGCUUCGCACAUGGUCCCUCCAUUGAGGAUGUCGUCACCAAUCAACCCGGUAGCAACACUGAAGGUGGACAUGCUCGACGCGCCACUCUCACUCAUAAUCAACUUCACUCUGGCGAUCAAGAUUCCCAACUUUUCGAUAACAUCACAGCGGCACAAGAUAUGAAGGACAACAGCCCAGCAUCCAACUCUUUUUCCAAUGAGAAGGAUGUUGAGCAGACCACCAUUACCUCGGAUAUGGCUGAAGAACGUUCUUUCCAACAACAAAUUGCAGCCUUCCUCAUCCUCGAAUUUGGUGUCAUCUUUCACUCUGUCAUCAUCGGUCUUAACCUUGGUACUGCUGGCGAUGAGUUCACUACCUUAUAUCCUGUUCUUGUCUUUCAUCAAUCUUUCGAGGGUCUAGGUAUCGGUGCACGUAUGUCCGCCAUUCCUUUCCCCAAGCGUCUCUCUUGGCUGCCAUGGUUGCUCUGUGCUGGCUAUGGUCUCACCACUCCAAUUGCCAUCGCCAUCGGACUUGGUCUUCGCACAACCUACAACUCUGGUUCCUUCACCGCCAGCGUUGUUUCCGGUGUUCUUGAUUCAAUUUCUGCCGGUAUCCUCAUUUACACUGGUUUAGUCGAGCUAUUGGCUCGUGAUUUCUUGUUCAACCCAGACUUGACACGUGACAAGAAGAGAUUGACCUUUAUGAUCUGCUGUGUUUUGAUCGGCACGGCUGUCAUGGCUCUUCUCGGUAAAUGGGCUUGA